AUGCCAAUGUGGACAGAAACACUUCCCAUAUGUACAAAGGUCGUGAUAAACAAUAACACGCAAGGCUGGUUUAGUAUGAGAUCUCAGGCUGUAAUUGGAGGUUUUGUUGCACUGUUGCAAGUAGGUAGCGCGAUAAAAUGCUCUGAAAAUGAAAUUUUAAAGAAAUACCGGAUCAACGAAAAUUCAAUAGAACACCAUACCUCCAGGGACACGCCUCCCAGUGAAACCCGGGAAGAUUGGUGGAUCAAUAUCUGUGAAGAGCACACGAGCGAAGCUCCCAAAGAGUGCAAAGGGGGUGAUGUGUUAUGUGGAACAACAAACGUGGUGCUAAAAGGCAAAGAUCCUCUUUUAACGCAAGUUAUCGACUUUCCUGCUGACACAUCUUCCAGGGUAAGUGUGAACGACCAACAACAGGUCAUCGUCAACUUGGAUAAGGCGAGCUGGGGAUCACACUCUAUGGAUGCACAACUGACAUUUAUCUGUGAUUCCAGCAAGAAGUCAGAUACCGUAACGUCGUCGACUUGGCACGAACAGCAGAUACAAUUCGUCAUCGAAGGUCCAUCGGGGUGCCUCAAGAGCGGAGAAAAUGAUGGCAACGACGACGAUCACAGUGGAGAUGACAAUAAAGAUCGUCCAGACCACGACGACCCUGUUAAGCACAAGGGCUCCGGCUUCGGGGGCUGGUUCCUAUGGCUGGUCACAUAUGCCAUAUUAUUCGCGCUCAUCUAUCUAUUAACUACAUCUUACAUGGCAACUCGGGGUGGAACUUUCAACGAUUUCCGUGAAGAAUUUGUCGAACGUUCCACAGGACUAGCUUCCUCUUUGCCACAAUUUGCAAAGGAAAUGGUAGCCAAGGUUAUCGGUGGUGGUUCCUCUUCCCAGAGAGGUGGCUAUAGUGCUGUAUAG